AAUGUGGUCAUAUCCAAAAAUGUAUUUUUAAAUAAAGCUAAAAGAAAGAAAAAGGCAUUGACAAUGUAAGGUUUAAAAAGCAUUACUUCACUUGUUAUUUGGACGUUGCAUUGUAGACUUUGCAUCAGCCAGCUGACGUUGGCUUCAACAUAUUGUUAAAAAGGGGAUUUUCCACUUAAACAUCUAGAAAUCUCAUGCCAAAGGGAAUGUUAUGUCACAGUUUCACCUCCCCCUAAUCAUCCCUCUUAGUCAAUCUCUGAUUAUUCACUGUGGCGAUAAUAACACAACGGUCUUGAACAAGUGUUUUUUCCUGAAAUAUACAAAGGGGUCUUCAGUGGCCUCUCAGACGCACGCCUGUGACAUUUCGCAUUAGUACAUUUGAGCAGAAGAUGAACAACGUUGUGCGUUUACAUGCCUUCUUGAUUAUACCCCCUUAACAACAACGUGUCCUUUGCCUCUGUGAGAUUGUCUCGGUAAAAUGCUUGUUUUCCCAGCCUUGUAAAUGCCAUGAACAGAAUGUCCUUUGCGAUCACAAUGUGUUUUUGCGCACGUAUCCUCGGCUUGAAUACACCAUUUUUGACAUUUGGGGAGAUUGUUUUGCAAUGACAGCUGCCGGUGACGGCGUGUUUUUGUUGGACCGUGCAGGUCCCCGGGCCGACAGACCCGCCUUCCGCCGCCAUGGAGGGCAAUCGCAGCGGCUUCGCUGAGCCGGUGUCAGGAGAGCAGGCGGGGGGGCGCGUCUACGAGGUGGCGGUGGCGCAGAACGGCUCCGCCAACCGCACCUCGCAGUUUGCAGACGUGGCCCUGCUGCAGACGUUCAGGGCCCUCAUCAUCCCGUGCUACGUGCUGGUGGUGGUGGUGGGCGUCUUCGGGAACUACCUGCUCCUCUACGUCAUUUGUCGAACGCGCAAAAUGCACAACGUCACCAACUUUUUCAUCGGGAACCUGGCCUUCUCUGACAUGCUCAUGUGCGUGACCUGCGUGCCGUUCACCCUCGCCUACGCCUUCAACCCCCGCGGCUGGGUGUUUGGCCGCCCGAUGUGCUACCUGGUGUUCCUCGUCCAGCCAGUCACGGUCUACGUGUCGGUCUUCACGCUCACUGCUAUUGCUGUGGACAGGUAUUACGCAACAGUUCAUCUCAUGAAGAAGCGCACCUCCGUGGCGACGUGCGCCUCCGUCCUCACCGGCAUCUGGCUGCUGUCCUGCGGGCUGGUUGCUCCGGCGAUCGCCCACACGUACCACGUGGAGUUCAGAGAAGAAGGCUUCACCAUCUGUGAGGAGUUCUGGCUGGGCCGAGAGAAGGAGAGGCGCGCGUACGCGUACAGCACCCUGCUGGUUACGUACGUCCUGCCGCUGUCGGCGCUGUUCGUCUCGUACCUCUGUAUCACCGUGAAGCUGAAGAAGUGCGUCGCGCCGGGCCUCAGGACACGAGACCAGGCGGGAGCGCAACAGGCGCGCAAGAGAAAGAUCUUUCGCCUGGUGGCGCUCUUGGUGACCGCCUUCGCGGUGUGUUGGCUUCCCAUUCACGUGUUCAACGUGCUGCGAGACAUAGACAUCCACCUCAUUAACAAGCGCUACUUUCUACUCAUCCAACUGCUGUGCCACCUGUGCGCCAUGAGCUCCUCCUGCUGCAACCCGUUCCUUUACGCGUGGCUACACGACCGCUUCCGCAUCGAGUUGCGGAAGAUGUUCAAGUGUCCCGGUCGCAUCGGAGUGCGCGCGAAUCACUGCGCCGACAACGGGGUGCUGUAAUCACCCGGCGAGGACAAUCCGUGGACGUUAUUUUAGUGCAAUUAAGCGGAGAUGGUGCAUAUAUGGCGCUUUGGACCCUUUGGCAUCCAGUGAAAUCCACGGAAACGUUCGUGGACAUCCAACCGUUUGGGUAAAUGUUAGAGUGGGAAGGCCAUCUGUUGGCUCUCGGGGGAGAGGUCAAUCUUUUGGGCAU